GCCCUACAAGCCUAUCUCCACCUUCACUGUGCCCUGCUCAUAUCUCUUUACAGUCUCAUUAAAAAGGACCAAGACGUGGAAGAAAGCAGAGGCAAACUUGAAAACAAAGCUCCUGCUAUCGAAUCCUUAUUUGAUGGAAAGUGAAGCAGAGAUGGUCAUGAACAAGAGAUCGCCGCCCAGUUCCAGGUUUAGGAGGGUGUGCGUCUUCUGCGGCAGUAGCUCCGGCAAGAAAGAAAGCUAUCGGCUUGCUGCUAUCCAACUCGGCCAUGAAUUGGUGCAAAGGAACAUAGAUUUGGUGUACGGUGGGGGAAGUGUAGGCCUCAUGGGCCUCGUUUCUCAAGCUGUUCACGACGGCGGCCGACAUGUUUUAGGAGUGAUUCCAAGAACUCUGAUGCCAAGAGAGAUAACAGGGGUGACAGUGGGCGAGGUGAGGGCAGUCUCAGGGAUGCAUCAGAGGAAAGCGGAGAUGGCCCGCCAAGCUGACGCCUUUAUAGCGUUGCCUGGUGGCUACGGAACGCUGGAAGAACUCCUUGAGGUCAUCACCUGGGCUCAGCUCGGGAUCCACGAUAAGCCUGUGGGUUUGCUGAACGUGGACGGCUACUACAACUCGUUGCUCUGCUUCAUCGACAAGGCGGUGGACGAGGGGUUCAUCGCGCCGGCGGCGAGGCACAUCAUCAUCUCUGCGCCGACUGCUCACGAGCUAUUGUCCAAGCUCGAGGAGCACGUGCCGAUGCAGGAUGGAGCUGCACCGAAGCUUAGUUGGGAGAUGGAACACCUGGGGCACUCGACAACAUUGGACAUUUCGCGUUGACCAAAAAAACCUGCAAAAAGUUUUCUUUUUUCUAUUUUUUUUCUUGAUGUAAUAUUGCUAAUGUCGACACGGAAGCAAUUAAUUAAGUAGGUCUGAUAAUGAUCAGUGUGCAAGCUUUGGAUUAAAUUGGGAUGCAGAUUUUGAAUCCAUC